GUCUGUUGUCUUGGCAUCCGGUGUGCAUGUCUCUUGGUUACUGCCUGUGCAUGACUGAAGGCAUCCUCCUGUUUUCAUCUGAAGGCUCGCUCUUUUGCUUUAAGUCAAGAAAAAGUAAAGUCUGCCUUCACUGGUUGUGUCAGGCACUGGUUCUGGUAGCUGCAGCCAUAGGACUGGGCUUCAUCGUGGCCAGUAAAGACUUGUCUGAGCUGCCRCACCUGGUGUCCUGGCACAGCCUGCUGGGCUCCUGCACGCUGGCUUCCACCGUGCUCCAAGCAGGGUUUGGCCUCUGCCUGAUCUUCCAUAAGCAGCUGCGCCUCACGACCCCUCCACCCCGACUGAAGCUGUACCACACCACCUGUGGUCUGGUGGUCUACCUGCUGGCCACCAUGACGGUCAUAUCUGCGAUGUUCUCAGACUGGUACCAAGCCACGGUGAAAGGAGCAGUGUGGUGGGUCUUCCUUCUGCUGCCCCUCUUCCCCUCGCUGGUGGUCAUGAAUCAGAUCACCAAUGCCUACCUGCCCCGCAAGAAGAUAACCAGCUAGUUUGCACUGGACGCAGAGCAGGUGGACUUCAUUUGGACUGUGAUAAAGUUGGWUUUACUCAGACAGAAUGCUAUUCACUGUUAACUCAAUGAGGAUUUUAAACAAUUAUUUUAAAAUCAAUUAUUUUGGAAUAAAAUCUGUACUUUCAGACUUAAUUUAGAUACAUACCUACUGAAGUCAGACACCAUCCAGUGACUAGUGCAGGAACAGCAGAGUGAAAAUUCUCAUGUUUACCUGAGAUGACCUCUGACCUCAGGCUCUGAGCUGCUUGUCUGUGAAUGUCUGCUGCAUCUUCUAGGAAUCUUUGCACUAUAGAAAACCAGUCUUAURUGGUGAGUUUUAUCAUUUGUAAAUGUGUGGUGAGUGGGCUGCACAGUGCAGCACCUUUUAUUUGUGGAGCAAUAAAAUGUUUAACACUUUCUGUAUCUGUAAA